AUGGCCGCCUCUGGUAAUCAUCACCCCCAUCAAUUGAUUGGCUUCCUCAUCCUUCUAAUGGCGAAUAUCAAGGAGUAUGUCCCAAUAGUAUACACUCCAACAGUAGGAAUUGUUUGUCAGAAAUACAGUGGAUUGUUUAGAAGACCAAGAGGGAUGUAUUUCAGUGCUCUUGAUCGUGGGAAAAUGGUGUCAAUAGUUUAUAAUUGGCCAGCUGAACAGGUUGAUAUGAUUAUUGUUACUGAUGGAAGUAGAAUAAUGGGUCGUGGUGAUCUAGGAGUUCAGGGUAUUGGAAUUGCAAUUGGGAAGUUGGAUUUAUAUGUUGCUGCAGCUGGAAUAAAUCCUCAGAGAGUAAUGUAA